AUGAUUAAUGAUAGAUCCUGUUUAUAUGAAAGAGAUUCUGGCGAGAUUCAUUUGCUCAUUAGAGCUGACUACGCUGGAAAGAUAUUGACGGGAAAAGUAAAACACCUUAAGGGAGAUUUGGUUGCUGUACACACUUUGUUAGGGUGGACAGUAAUGGGUAAAUAUGAGGUAGAGGGAACAUCUACAACUAGCUCAAUGUUAGUAUUGUCAUUGCAUGUAAAUAAUGCAAAAAUUGAAGAUCUCUGGAAUUUAGAUACCUUGGGUAUUAAAGAUAGUAGUGAAAAACGCUCUAAAACACAGACCCAAGAACUUGCUUUGAAACAUUUCAGAGAAACUGUUAGUAGAGACACGAAUCGGUUAAAUGAUUAUCAAGAGGUUUUUAACCAAUGGGAAAAAGAAGGUAUAAUAGAGCAAGUUAAUGAGGGUAAUGAUUAUUCUAAAAGCUUUGGAAUACAUUAUUUGCCACAUAGGGCAAUUUUUAAAGAUAAUUCAACCACUAAAGUACGUCCUGUUUUUGACGGAUCAGCUAAAACCAAAAACUCCGUAUCAAUAAAUGAAUGCAUAGAAAAGGGCCCAAAUCUCAUAGAAAUUAUCCCAGCUGUAUUAAAUAGGUUUAGAUGGGGAAAGAUCGGAGUAAUAUCGGAUGUCAAACAGGCAUUUUUACAAAUACCUCUUAACGAAUCUGAUAGGGAUUGUUUACGAUUCAUGUGGUUGAAAGACGGAGAUCCUCAAAAGAUAAUUACAUAUAGACAUUGUAGAGUAGUAUUCGGAAUAUCAUGUAGCCUCUUCUUACUUGCGGCUGUUCUGAAUCAUGUAUUAGAUCAGGUAGAAGAGCCAUUGAAAAGUCUUGCAGUGAAGAUCAAAGAUUCUAUGUAUGUUGAUAAUUGCAUUGCAAGUGUAGACUCAGUUUCAGAAUUGGAACAUUUUAGAUCUGAAUCUCAGAGAAUUCUGAAAGCUGCUAAAUUUGAUUUACGUGGCUGGGAAAAUAACAACCUACUUGAAAUGAACGAAUUUGUGCAAGAUAAUCCCAACUGUGAAAGGGAAGUGUCAGUAUUAGGCCUAAAAUGGGACAAGCAAAAUGACACUUUAUCCUGUGAGCUGGUUAAAGAAGAAAACAAUAGUGAACCAGUUACCAAGAGAAAAAUCCUAUCUAUGGCACACCAGCUGUUCGAUCCUAUAGGGUUCACUUGUCCUAUAACGUUGAUCCCGAAACUUCUUCUAUAA